AUGUCAUCCAAAGUGAUUAUUGGUGGAGCCGUUACAGUAGCGGCAGGCUACGCGUUGUACGAGUACCAACUUCAGCAGAGACAGCAGCGGUCGGCCCUGCAGCCAGCAGCGUCGAUACCGGGUCGCGACACUCAUGCUUUUGAGAAAAAAGGCGAGUCUGCCGGAGCCAAGCUGGACGAUGUUGCCAACAAGGGGCGCGAGCAGCUCAACCAGCUGGCGCGCGACACAGACGAGAAGGUGACUUCGACGAUGGAGGAGGUUGAGCGUGCCAAGGCCAAGGGCUCGCAAUGGGUUUGGGAGCACCUCGGAGAGGCCCAGGACGCUGCGGAAGAUCGCAGAGACAAGUAUCUAGAGCGCUCGGGCGAGCUGCACGCCAUGGUGGAGGACGCCGCUGAGCGCGAGCGCGCCAAGCAAAAUGCCAUCAAGCGCUUCGUGACCGGCACACGUGACCAGAUUUCCUCGGACCUCAGAAACAUCAAGGAGGGCGUGUCCGACGACGCUUCCAGCAUCAGAGACGCCCUGGUCGGCGCCAAGAAGCAAGGGAGCGACACCGCCAAGUCCUGGGAGGAUUCGGCGCGCCAAAGCGCGCAGGACGCCAAGGACGCGACCCACGAGACCUCAGAAUCUAUCUUCAACUGGGGGUUCAGCAGGGCUGAAAAGGCGCGUGCAUUGGCCAUUCAAGAGUACGACCAAGCCCACAAGCAUUACGACGACCUGCGCGACCAGUACAAGUCGGAAUCUGGUGUUUUCUCUGGUGGCAGUGAGGAGCUGAAGAAGAAGCUGGACGAGGCCCAAGCCCAAUUGGAGAGCUACAAGCAUAAGCUAGAGGACGCCACCGCCAAGUAUUCGCAGUACACCACUGACAACAUCAACGAACUGUCCAACAAGCUCGAGGAGCAGGACCGUAAGCUGCGCAAGAAGGGCUUCUUCAAGUGGCUCACAGGCGAUGACUCCGGCUCCCCAAAGGCUCGCGACGUGGAUGAAAUAGCCUCCCACAGCGUGGUUGGGUGGGGUGAAACCGCUGAAGCUUUGGCCAAGGAAGAAUUGGACGAAUUGGUGAGAAAUAAGAAGAUUGGACCUAGCGAAGCUCAGAGAAGACUCGACGAGCUCGCCAAGAUCAAAAACGAGGGCUGGUUCACUUACAAGGGCAAGAACGACGAGGAUUUGGCCAAGCGUGCUGCCAAGGCCCUGGAAGGCUGGGGUGAAACUGCCUCGCAGCUCGCUCAGGAUGAGUACGAGGAGGCUCGCAGGGCACUACCUCAAUCCUCUCAGUCUGUUUCCGACGCAGUGGAGACGGCCAAACAGAAACUUGAUGUUGCUAAGAAGCAACUGGAUCAAACCACCUCUACAUGGUGGGCCCAAGGUAAGGAUAAGAAAAAUGAAUUGCACGAAAAGGCCCAGCAGCAGUAUGCGGAGGCUGAACGCGAGUACAAAGAUUCUUUAGAAGCUCUCACCGACUGGUCUGAAAAGGCCAAGGGCAAGUUCUGGGGGGGCGCCGAUUCUGCCUUGGACUCCACGAAAUCCACUGCUGACACCUUGCAUUCCAAAGCCAAACAAGGCUUGAAUUCCGUUCAAGAUUACGUUCAGGAUAAGAAAGACUAA